AGGUGGCACUCAGGUGAGCCAGGUAAGAAGUGAACUUAUGCGGGUCUCUUCAGCACGUCAGCUGUUCCUUGAAGGAAGCUGAUCCUGUUGCCCACGCAACAAGCACACACACACCUCCCUGCUAAGCUGCUUGUAUUAUUAUUUUCCCAACCACCUGGGCAAGAAACACGAGCUUGGAAAUGGAAACCAAAGAUCCUACUGGAAAAGAAAGUGUGGGGGUCAGGAAAAAGAACCUCACCUUCCUCAAGCAGAGAUUGUACAUGCUGGAAAGGAGGAAGACGGACACGGUGGUGGAGAGCAGCACUGCAGGAGACCACAACAGCAGCUCUGCAACCUUGAGGAGGAGCCAGUCAGACAGGAGUGAAUACAACCAGAAAUUGCAAGAAAAGAUGGCGCCCCAUGCAGGAUCUGUAGGACCAGUUGGUUUACCCCUGGAAACUGAAGAACAACUCAUUAAGCGAAUGAUGGCCAGAAGGCAAAAGAUAAUUGCAGAAAUACUCCAAACAGAAAGAGAUUAUCUUAGUGAUCUGGAAUUCUGCAUCAGAAUAGUGGUUGAGCCCUUGAAAAAAAGGCAGAUUGCUCGACUUGAUGUGGAUAGCUUAUUUAGCAACAUUGAAUUGGUCCAUGAAAUAUCAUCAAAACUGUUGUCAUUGUUGGAAGAAGCAACAUCAGAUGUGGAACCAGCCAUACAAGGAAUUGGUCAGGUGUUUCUACAGAUUAAAGAUGUACUAGAAGAAGCAUACAAAAUCUACUGUUACCAUCAUGAUGAUGCUCAUCUUCUUCUGGAAUUCUAUGAAAAGGAUGAGGAAUUGAAACAAUGUAUAAAAGAUUGUCUACAAUCCUUGAAGUAAGAUUUAAAAAAAAAACAUUUUCAAAGCAUAUGUGAGAGUAAAUUAUGUGAGAGUUGGAGGGGGAUUAUAUUUUCAACAGUUUGCUUUAUUAAGAGUCUUUCCUUUAGGGACUGUUUUUUCAAGAAGUUACUUGAUUAGAUUUAUCUAAUGCUCUUGGCUCCUUUUGCAUGGCUUCAAAGAAUUAAAAGUGUUAGCAAAAAUA